AUGGAAGAAAACACUUCAGCCGAUGUGAACCGUUUGAAUACAGAUAUCUAUCGUCAUCAUCAUCAUCAUCAUGAUAGUGAAACAUCGACAACAACACACUGUUCGCGUCAUUGUCCUCAUUGUCACGGUGGUUCGACACAUCAACGUCGAUCAAACGAAAAUGCCAUCAUACAAUGCAUUUUAGAACAACAGGCUCAGUGUUAUGACCACAUCUUUCAACAACAUCACGAUAUUCGUCAGUUGAAAGAGUACGUUCGGAAAUUUCAUGAUCUGAUCAAAACAGUCGACGAUGCUCUCGACAUUAUUGUCCAGGGUAUCGUUGACAUUCAACGUCGUUUGGAAAACAUGAAUAACAAUACAACCGAUACAUUGCUAGAGUAG